AUGCAAUUAACUCAAAUACAAGCCAUACGAGCCGAUCAAGAUAAAAUAUCGGUUGGAUCUCAAAUUGCUUUUAUAUACACACUUAUUGCUGCUGAUCACCAUCGUGCUUUGCUUUCCGAACAAGAACUUGAACGAAGCAAAGCUGAGCUUAAUGCAGUGCGCAGUGAAAUUGAAAAUAAGAGGAAGGAAAUUGAACGAAGCAAAGAUGAAAUGAAGCGACAAUUAGAUUAUUUGUAUAGUUUGAACAAGGAAUUUAAUAGUACAAUGAUGGCUCGUGUCAUGCUUGAAGUUGAGCUGCAAGCAUUUCGAGAAGAAUUGGUCUUUACGAGAGCUAUUUAUGAAGAAGAGUGCAAUGACUUGGCUUUGCUCGGCACGUAUCAACUUGAUGUUGGUCAAUUCUACCGAAAUGAAUUUACACGAGCAGUUGCCAAUAUCAAGAAAGAUUUAGAGAUACUUGCACAUGCACAAUAUCACGAAUGGAAAGGUAAAAAGAAGGAGCAUUCUAAUUAG